UAACCCUGUUCUGAAUUUCUUCCUCUCCUAUUCUUUUUCUGUCUUUCAGCCUUGAAUUUCUUAUCCUAACUUCACCUCCCUCCUUCUACCUUCUGUCUUCUCCUGUAUGCUCAUUCACAAAUGCACACAGACACACAGAGUGACAAGUGCAGGUCCCCAGACGGCUGGACUUGCGUCACAGAGAGCGCAAGCCGAGCCUCUUCUGUAUGCAGUUUAGCCAGCUCAGCUCUACAGCGUGCAGACGGAGGAGGAGGAGAGGACAGGCGGGGGCUUUAAAAUCAUCAGGGUCAUUGCUUUUUUUCUGCCAAUCAAGCUGUGACAGGAAUCUACAUGAUUUGGGUUUUCUUCCAGGGUCCAACCAGGUAGCUAUGAUGGUUGGAAAGCCAGUCAGGCAGUGGAGGUCCAUCUGUAAGGGACUGAUCCUGGGUGCGCUCCUGACCAUCUGCAUGAUUCUUUUGUACUGCCUGUCGGCCCCAGAGGUCCAGUUUGGCCUGCAAGAGGUCCCAGUGCCUUACUCAUGUGCUCAUCGCCCUUCUGCCGCCCCCUCCUCAACAAUCUCUAACAGCUCCCAUCAUGCCUCUGGGCAGCAAACCUGCACUCCAAAAGUGGACAUAAUGUUCAUGAAAACCCAUAAAACAGCCAGCAGCACUUUCCUCAACAUUCUCUUUCGCUUUGGAGAAAGACACCACCUCAAAUUUGCCUUCCCCAACAGCCGCAAUGAUUUCUUUUACCCGUCCUCUUUCCAUCGCUCACAAGUGAAGGACUACAGGCCGGGAAUGUGUUUCAACAUCAUCUGUAAUCACAUGCGUUUCAAUGCUGCUGAGGUGGCCAAAGUGCUUCCAGCCGACACCUCGUACAUCACAAUCCUCCGGGACCCGGCUGAUCUCGCUGAGUCCUCGUUCCACUAUUUUGGACGCAUUGUACCUCUCACUUGGAAGCUUUCUGGAGAUGAUAAGCUGAGAGAAUUCCUGACAGAUCCAAAGCUCUACUACGACCCAGAGGGAUUCAGUUCGUUCUAUCUCAAAAACUUGCUUUUCUUUGACUUUGGACAGGAUAAUAACUUACAUCCAGACGACCCAAAAGUGGAUGAGGCCAUUCAAGCAAUCGCCAAGCGCUUCCAUUUGGUAAUGCUGGUGGAGCAUUUCGAAGAGUCGCUCAUCCUACUCAAGGACACCCUCUGCUGGGACAUGGAGGACUUGGUUUUCUUCAAACUCAAUGCCCGGAAAGGUUCAACUGUUUCUAAACUGACUCCAGAGCUCAGGGCCAAAGCGCUGGAGUGGAACGCCAUCGAUUGGAAGCUUUACCAGUAUUUCAACGCCACCUUCUGGCAUAAAGUGGACGCUUAUGGCCGUGAGCGCAUGGCGAGAGAUGUCGCAGAGCUGCGGCGCCGAAACGCAGAAAUGGCUUCCAUUUGCAUUGACGGAGGCCACGCUGUCGAUGCAGGAAGCAUCUUGGAGACGUCCAUGCAGCCGUGGCAACCCAUCGGUGAGAGGUCGAUUAUGGGAUACAAUCUGAAAAAGAAUGUUGACAAAGCGCAUCGAAAGCUCUGCAGGAAGAUGCUCACGCCAGAGCUGCAGUAUCUCACUGAUAUGGGCGUCAACCUGUGGAUAACAAGACUGUGGGGUCGCAUAAGAGAGAUCCUUCACUGGUAGCUCAGAAGAAAUGCUUUGCUUAGGUGAAUGGUCAGUACUGACUUUUAUGGGAGAUUUUUUCCGCCACAUAAUAAAAGAUUCAAAUCUCAUUGUGACUUUUCCACCUUUUUUCUCGCAAUUCUGAAUUUAUGUCUCACAAUUCAGACAUUUUUUCCUCAGAAUUGCACAUUUAUAUCUCACAAUUUAGAUAUAGACUAUAUCUCAGUAUAACUCUUUGUUGUUUUUAACAGGCUAAUUUCUCCGUUAAAUAAAUAGAAAUAAAAACUUUUUGUGUGACUUUUUGACUUUUCUUAGAAUUGUGAGUUUAUGCCUUGCAUUUGUGAGUUAUAAAAUCGCGAUAAGAUUUUUUUUUUCUCAGUAUUAAAAGUUUAUCUCACGAUUAUCUUGCAAUUCUGUGAAAAGAAAAGUCUGAUUUGCAAGAUACAACUCUAAAUUGGGAGAUAUAUACUCGCAAUUCUGAGAAAUAAAGUUUGAAUUGUGGAAGAAAAAAAUUAGAGUUGCGAGAUUUAAAUUCUGAAUUGCGAAAUAUAAACUCGCAAUUUGGAGAAGAAAAGUCUGAAUUGUGGAAGAAGAAUAUCUGAAUUGCACUAUACAAAUUCUGAAUUGUGAAAUAAAAACAAUAAUAAUUUUUUUUUUUUAUUCUGUGGCAGCAAUAAGUUUCCAUAAACUUGUAUACAACCGACCUAAAACCUGUUUUUCUGUGUCAGAAAGAAAUAAAAACAUUAAAAGACAUGACUGAAUAAAACAUUUUCAUAUUUAAAUGAAUCUUACCCAAAUAAGUGGUGACAGUCACAUCUUUAACAUGUUAGUUUUGUGUUCAGAAAUGUACUGUAAGUCACCGCUAUGUAUUACAUGUAUUGUACGUAGUGCGUGGGUGCUUGAAUCAAUCAUCAAAAUGAAUCAACUACUGUUGAAUGACCUCAUUCUUUGAAGCUCUUAUUGUUGGUGAGUCCAAUCCAAUCUAUUGAACUGGUUUAGACUCAUUCAGAACUUGGGCUUUACUGUUAUCAUCACAUGAAUGAUACAGUAAAUAACUCUGGCUAGAAUGUCGAGUGGAGAGGUGCUUUUAAGCUGAAAUGUGAUGACGUAUUGGGCUUCUUGUGGAAGAGGCCACUGAGCAGCAAUGAAAUCCAUGAAAGAUGACAAAAUAAAAACUUUAUGUAACAUA